AUGGCAGAAGCUGAAGAUAUUCAACCUCUUGUUUGUGAUAAUGGAACUGGAAUGGUCAAGGCUGGAUUUGCGGGAGAUGAUGCGCCGAGGGCGGUUUUCCCUAGCAUUGUCGGCCGCCCGCGCCACACUGGUGUGAUGGUUGGUAUGGGACAAAAGGAUGCAUAUGUUGGUGAUGAAGCACAAUCGAAAAGGGGUAUUUUGACUCUAAAGUAUCCGAUUGAGCAUGGUAUAGUUAGUAACUGGGAUGAUAUGGAAAAGAUCUGGCAUCAUACUUUCUACAAUGAGCUCCGUGUAGCUCCGGAAGAACAUCCUGUUCUUCUCACGGAAGCACCGCUUAAUCCGAAGGCUAACCGUGAGAAAAUGACUCAGAUUAUGUUCGAGACGUUUAAUACUCCGGCUAUGUAUGUUGCCAUCCAGGCCGUGCUUUCGCUUUACGCGAGUGGCCGAACAACCGGUAUUGUUCUUGAUUCCGGAGAUGGUGUCAGCCACACGGUUCCUAUCUACGAAGGCUACGCCCUGCCGCACGCAAUCCUGCGUUUGGAUCUUGCAGGCCGUGAUCUCACAGACGCGCUGAUGAAAAUCUUAACCGAGCGUGGGUACUCUUUCACCACUACAGCCGAGCGGGAAAUCGUGAGAGACGUUAAGGAAAAGCUAGCCUACAUUGCUCUUGAUUAUCAACAAGAGCUAGAAACCUCAAAGACAAGCUCAGCUGUUGAGAAGAGCUACGAGUUACCUGACGGACAGGUGAUCACGAUAGGCGCAGAACGGUUCCGUUGCCCUGAAGUACUCUUCCAGCCGUCGAUGAUUGGUAUGGAAGCUCCUGGUAUACAUGAAACAACAUACAAUUCAAUCAUGAAGUGUGAUGUUGAUAUUAGGAAGGAUCUCUACGGAAACAUUGUGCUGAGUGGUGGUUCGACUAUGUUCCCCGGGAUUGCUGAUAGGAUGAACAAGGAGAUUUCGGCUUUGGCACCAAGUAGCAUGAAAAUUAAGGUGGUUGCACCGCCGGAGAGGAAGUACAGUGUCUGGAUUGGAGGCUCCAUUUUAGCAUCUCUCAGCACAUUCCAACAGAUGUGGAUUGCGAAGGCGGAGUAUGAUGAAUCGGGCCCUUCAAUUGUUCACAGGAAAUGCUUCUAA